GUUUGUUGCUGCCGCGUUGUUUGAGCUAGAGCUCCGUCGAGCUGAUUCCUAAUUGUUUGUUUUUGCCUCGUAAAAUCUAACUUAUAAUCUAUCACUCUUUCUUUUUCGGUGGGGGAACACAUCCCCAACAUUAUUUUAUAUAAAAAACAUUUGGAUUACCUUGAUAUCGCUAGCUUUAUCCGACUUCCCGAACUUUCGCUACUAGCUUUAGCCCGUUAGCAUUAGCGGCGUGCCAAGCCCACGCUACGCUAGCGUUUGUACUCUUCUCUCUCACAAUAUUAUUGUUUCAUCUACUCUAAUGGCGAGUGUAUUGGAUGUUUCUCUACCUUUGUGUGCAGGUGAGGACACGUUUGAGCUGCAUGCGGUGCAGUUGGAACUGGAGGCCGUGGAGCGGCAGAUCUGGAUCCUUCUCGAGAAGCAGGCCGAGCUACGCGAGCGGCAGACAGCGCUGGAAACUUCUCGCGCUGACGCUCACCAACCCUCGGUAAGUUUGCAGCGCGAUAUUAACACUCCUGCUUCCUCUACGCCGUGUGUUUCUCUGCACAGGGCCCGAGCACCAAGAACGCGUUCAUCCCAGCCCUCGUUCACUCCGGCGCCGUCACACCAGGGACCUUGGGUGCUUCAGCAGCGGAAGACGCGAGCCAGGCCUCGGACCAGGACCUCUCCUCCACCGCCCCCGGUCUUCGACGUCUCAACACGGAACCGCUUCUCCCCUCUUCGCGAGGCAGAACGCGACGCCGUGGUCAUCGGAGACUCCAUCGUCCGCCACGUCCACGCUACCACAGCCAAAGGUAAGGUGCGCAGUCACUGUUUUCCUGGUGCUCGUGUUCUCGAUGUUUCUGUGCAGAUUCCCGCGAUCCUCAAUGGUGCUGAGACCAUCGGAGCUGUAGUGCUGCACGCGGGGGUGAACGACACCAGGCUGCGGCAGACGGAGGUGCUGAAGCAGGACUUCAGAAGCCUGAUCGAGACGGUAUGAGCCACAUCGCCCGCGACGAAGAUCAUCGUGUCCGGACCGCUUCCGACGUACCGACGAGGACAUGAAAGGCUCUUCCGUGCUGAUGGCCUGCACCCCAGCAGCAUCGGAGCUGAUCUUCUGUCAGAGAACAUCUCCAAGACGCUUCGCACCAUAUGACUAGUAAGUCAAACCUCAAAUCACAGCCUGUGUUCUGCCCACUUCAUUGAUAGAAAUGUGAGUGUAGUACAGUCUAUAGAAACUGUGUCUAUUCCCCGAAUAGUGAGGUUUAACAAUAAAAAUAAAGGAUCUAGAAAAAACCUAAUCGUGAUCAAACCAGAUUUUUGUAAAAUU